CUUUUCCAUCACCCCAAAACCCCUCGCAUUCCAAACCCAAGGCCUAGGAUCUUCGUGUGAGGUCAUCCUUCUUAUCUGUAACCCAACAACUACCCGAAAAACACAAAUCAUCAACCAGAAUGGCUUCUCAACCCAACCCCAAGGCUUUCCCUUUGGCCAACGCCCAGCUCACCAACCAGAUCCUCGACUUGAUCCAGCAGGCGCAGCACUACAAGCAGCUCAAGAAGGGUGCCAACGAGGCUACCAAGACCCUCAACCGAGGUAUCUGCGAGUUCAUCGUCAUGACUGCCGACGUCGAGCCCAUCGAGAUUGUGCUCCACCUUCCCCUCCUCUGUGAGGACAAGAACGUGCCCUACGUCUUCUUGCCCUCCAAGACUGCCUUGGGCAGGGCUUGUGGUGUCUCUAGGCCCGUCAUCGCUGCUAGUGUGACCACCAACGAGGCUAGGGAGCUGAACGCUCAGAUCCAGGCUGUCAAGGUGAGUUUUCUACACGUUUUGAUGUAGGGUAGAAGGCUGAUGAAAUUUGUAGAACGAAAUUGAGAAGCUCCUCAUCUAAGUUUUCGACUUGUCUCUGGCGUCAUGAUGGUGUGGCGAAAAGAAGUAUUUGAGACUUUAGCUAGUCUUGAUGCACAUUCUGUCUACUCUAG